AUGACUUUCCCGAAUCUCCUCCAGGAAUUCGCUCUCUUUGGAGAACUCUCAAACUUUCAAAUAAACUUUCACAAAUCGGAGGCUUUCAACAUCUCUCUACCUCCACAUACGAUUCCAGGCCUGAGGGGGACUUUCCCUUUUAAAUGGUCGGAAGAAUAUAUUUCAUACCUAGAUACCCUGAUUAUGCCGGACGUCUCUGGGCUCUUUGCAGCGAAUUUCAAACCCUUGUUGACCAGAGUGUUUGCGGGAUUUGCUGGGGCCUCGGGUCCAGGUCAAGGGCCUUCUUUGAUGUCUCCAGUGGUGGGUCACCCGGACUUUGGGCCUGGGCGGAUUGAUGCCUGCAAUGCAGAAUGGCUUAAACAGGACAAAUUCCAUCUGGGUGACUUUGUGUCGAACGCAUAUCCAUUCCCGGUGUGCAUUCCUCUUCCAUCUGAAGGACAGCAGUGCCACAGUCAGACCAGACGCCUGCUAAGUGUGAUCACCUAUGGUGAAGAUUAUGGUGCUGCUCUGAUGUAUUGUCCUUGUGCAGAGGUACUGGUGUGCUCCAGUAGAGGAAACCGUAUUUCUACUUGUGAGAAGCCUGAUGAUGUAAUGGAUUUUACAAACUACUGGGAUGAUUCUCUCUUCCGACCAAUGUUCCGUCGAGAAGCAGAGUUAACAUACUAUGAUGCAGAUCUUGCUCCCUGGCCUGGUCAAGAUGACCAAUUGGCCUUUGUUGACUUUCCCAGGUCAGCUGAAGAGGUGGAAGCAAAAACUGAACAGCUCAAUGUGGGCAUAAAUGAUCAUUUAGAGGAAGAAAAUCUACAGCUUGAUGACAAUGACGAUAAACCAGAUGACCCAAGUCCUGUUGAUUUCCAAGAACUUAAACGUCUUGCUAGUGAAAUGGGUCAAUAUUUUGGUGCAAGUUUUUAUUAGAGUAACAUUUAUUAUUUAAAUUUACAGCUAUGAUAUUUAUUUGGUU